GUCAAGACGCUGAAAUUCUGAAAGAAGUUCCAGUACAAUUGCGAAAAUGAAAUUCCUCUUUGCAAGUGUGUUGGUAUUGACUGUAUCAGCGUGCGUUUAUGCUGAAGCUCAACCGGAAUCCGAUAACAACAAUCAAGAAAAGACUUUCAAUGCGGGUGGUCCAGAAUCCUCUUACGCUAUACAACCGAGAGCUGAAGGCCGAUUCAUCUUCAAAACUGUGACGCUGAGUCUCCAGACGUCGACCAUCACCGCCACCACAACUACGGUGACAACAUGCACGACUUCCACCGCUGGUCUUUCCGUUUGCACAGCUUCCGGACGACGUCGUCGUGGUCUCCAUCUUAGCGGAAAGAAGGAAGGACGCGGACUGUUCUACAACGAAAAUGAAGAAGAUAACGAAAAUGGCAACGUUUUCCUGCCAUUACCCAAAGUGGAUGUUCAACCCAUUCAACAGGAAGUUGAAUCUGCUCGUGAAGUUCGUGAGUCGAUUGAGCCGAUCCCAUAUGUCGUACAGCCCGGAUUUGAAGCUCCUGCCCGGCAAAAUCGGUUGUUAUUCACCUUUACCACGACGACCAUUACCAGCACUACCACAGUAACAUCUAUCGCCAGUCUCACCGCCAUUUGCAUAAGCACCACCGGAUUCCAGGUUUGCAAUUCUGCUGGUAAAAAAUAAAACACGAACCAAUCCUUUCCAAAAAAAGCUAAAUUACCUGAACCAACGUUCUGCCUUUUGAUGUUGCGUUUUAAACAUGAUUCUUUGUUGUAUUUAUCGAUACACUUAUCCAUAAUAACCAUUUGAU